UAGUAACUUCAGUGACUGAUCGCCGUGCGUCCACACCAUCUGGCUUAACUUUCAACAAUUCUUCUGCGUUUGAGCCAUCCGGUUCUAGUUCUUCGAUGGCAAAUUUGUCAAGUCGUAGGAUGUCAGAGUCUAGCCCGUCGACGUCUGGCUUAACAGUCAACGAAUCGUCUGCGUCUGCCCUUGCCGGUUCUAGCCCGGCGAUGGCAAAUUUGUCAAGUUCUAGGAUGUCACAGUCUAGUCUGUCAACGUCUGGCUUAACAGUCAACGAAUCGUCUGCGUCUACGCCCUCCAGUUCUAGCUCGGCGAUGGCGAAUUUGUCAAGUCGUACGAUGUCAGAGUUUAGCCCGUCGACGUCUAGCUUAACAGUCAACGAAUCGUCUGCGUCUGCCCCCGCCAGUUCUAGCCCGACGAUGGCAAAUUUGUCAAGUUCUAGUAUGUCACAGUCUAGUCUGUCAACGUCUGGCUUAACAGUAACUCAAAGUAACUCAGCAUGUGACGACGAAGAGAUUAUUCCGGAAGGGACAAGCAUAUGCUGCUGCUGUAGAUUUCGGGCUGCUGUCUGGGCAUUUAUUAAAUGCGGUCAUUUAUGUCUUUGCAAUGAGUGCAAUCGAAAAAUUGGAGAUCGCUGUCUACUCUGUCGUGAAAAAUCACGAAAAAUUAAAAUAUUUACCAAUCAUCCAUAG